CGGGCCGUCAUCGGUACCCAUGCACGGUGAUGGGGUUAAGCGAGACACGCCUAUCCGACUCUGAUUGGUGCAGCGGUGUUGGUACCGCCAGUAUGUCGGCAGUACCGUGUGUAGUUGGUGAUGGUUCCUUCUAAUGGUUCCGACGCGAUGAUGGAAUCGACAGACCUGUUCACGAUAGGCUCCGACAACAACCUUGGCACUGAUUUGAAGAUGGACCCUUCAUGGCUGGUAGCUGAAACUGGCGUGUGAGGAGCAGACUGGGAC